UUGAAUUUUGCGCCUGGGCUUGCCGGUAGUAGCGUGUAGCGACUAGAGAUGGCUUCUCGUGGUCGGAGGCCGGAACACAGCGGCCCGCCGGAGCUGUUUUAUGACCAGAAUGAAGCCCAGAAAUACGUUCGCAACUCACGGAUGAUUGACAUCCAGACCAAGAUGACUGAGCGGGCAUUGGAGCUCCUCAGUUUGCCAGAGGGUCAGCCCUCUUAUCUGUUGGACAUCGGCUGCGGUUCUGGACUGAGUGGGGAUUUUAUCUCAGACGAAGGACACUAUUGGGUGGGCAUUGACAUCAGCCCUGCCAUGUUAGAUGCUGCCUUGGACCGAGACACAGAGGGAGACCUGUUGCUAGGGGACAUGGGCCAAGGAGUCCCUUUCAGACCAGGUUCUUUUGAUGGUUGCAUCAGCAUCUCCGCCGUGCAGUGGCUCUGCAACGCAAACAAGAAGUCGGAUGUCCCCGCCAGGCGCCUCUACCGCUUCUUUUCUUCUCUCUACUCUGUCCUUGCCCGAGGGGCCCGAGCCGUCCUGCAGCUGUACCCUGAGAACUCGGAGCAGCUGGAGCUGAUCACAGUCCAAGCCACAAGGGCAGGCUUCACUGGCGGCGUGGUGGUGGACUUCCCCAACAGUGCGAAGGCAAAGAAGUUCUACCUCUGUCUAUUUUCUGGGCCUUCUACCUCCCUGCCAAAGGGGCUGACUGAAAGUCAGGAUGCAGAGCAGGCCACCGAGUCCACUUUCACCAAUGAGAGGGCUCCUCCACACAAGAAGGCAAGGCGGGACCUGGUGAAGAAGAGCCGGGAGUGGGUCCUGGAGAAGAAGGAGAGGCGCAGGCGCCAGGGCAAGGAGGUGAGACCUGACACGCAGUACACCGGUCGCAAGCGCAAGCCCCGCUUCUGAGGGCACUGCAUCUAAUCAAGCAGAGAGCCUGGCCACCACACCUGCAUUCAGUCCUGCAGAUGGCCCUGACCGCCCACCGUUCAGCGGCUGGGGCUGUCCAACCCUGGGCAUGCCUCUGAGGAGCUUCUAGAUUUACCUCAGCAGCUAGCAACACAGUACUUUAGAAGAGUUGGGAAGCCCUCAAAAUAUUUUUUCACUAAGAGUUCCAGGAAUCUGGGCUUGGCAGCCAGAUCCUGUAAUCUCAACACCCUCCCAGGAGGCUGAGAUAACAAGAUGGAAAGUUCCAAGCCAGUCUGGGCUACACUGCAAAAACCUGUCUUAAAAAGCCAAAAAGAAAAAAUUUUCUAAGGAUGUUUUAUUUUGCCCUAAAUACAUUAAUUACUUUCUAAGUAA